GAAGACAGAAGCGAAGGAAAUGGACAGCGGUGAAUAUUAUCCAUUGUUUGAGACCACAAGAGGCAGAGGAAGACUCAUCUACAGGCUCUUCUCCGUCUCUUUGUUUGGUUCCAUAUGCUUCAUCUUGGCUUACAGAUUUAGCCACAUACCCAUAAACGGUGAAAAUGGGAAAUGGGCUUGGCUUGGUUUGCUUGGUGCUGAACUAUGCUUCGGCCUAUACUGGCUCUUCGUUCAAGCCCUCCGAUGGAACCUUGUAUUCAGAAAAACCUUCAACAACAGACUCUCUCAAAGAUAUGAGAGUAGGUUACCAGGAGUGGACAUAUUUGUGUGCACGGCUGAUCCAGAUAUUGAACCACCAAUGAUGGUGAUUAAUACAGUGUUAUCUGUUAUGGCUUAUGACUAUCCAGCUGAGAAGCUCAAUGUUUAUCUCUCGGAUGAUGCUGGUGCAGAUAUCACUUUCUAUGCUCUUUUAGAAGCUUCUAGAUUUGCAAAGCAUUGGUUGCCAUUCUGCAAGAGAUUCAAGGUGGAACCUAGGUCACCUGAUGCUUAUUUUCAUAGCCUUGUCUCAGCAACUAAUUAUCCACAUGACCAGAAUCAUGCCGAAGACUUGGCAAAAUUAUACGAAGAUAUGAAAAGACGAAUCGAAGAUGCAGCCAAGUUGGGUAGAGUACCCGGCGAAGUACGCUCAAAGCAUAAUGGAUUUUCUCAGUGGGGUUCAUAUUCUUCUCGACGUGACCACGACACAAUCCUUCAGAUACUACUUCAUAAAAGUGACCCGGAUAAUUCGAAAGAUGUAGAUGGGUUUGUGUUGCCAACUCUGGUGUAUUUGGCUCGUGAGAAGAGACCCCAAUAUCACCACAAGUUCAAAGCCGGUGCUAUCAAUUCAUUGCUAAGAGUGUCUUCAAAGAUUAGCAACGCAAAAAUCAUUCUAACUCUAGACUGUGACAUGUACUCAAACGGUUCACAAUCAGUGAGAGAUGCUCUUUGUUUUUUCAUGGAUGAAGAGAAAGGCCAUGAAAUUGCUUUUGUGCAGUUUCCACAGAAUUUUGAGAAUGUCACAAAGAAUGAUUUAUACGGGAGUGCUCUAAUCACAAUUAUGGAGGUGGAAUUGCAUGGUCUGGACGGUUAUGGUGGCCCUUUGUAUAUUGGAACUUGCUGCUUUCAUAGGAGAGACGCUUUCUGUGGGAGGAAGUUCAGUGGUCGAUACAAGAAUGAUUGGAAUGAAGAGAAUGACCAUUUAAUAGAAGCAAACUUGCACGAACUAGUAGAAGAAUCAAAAGCUCUAGCAAGCUGCACCUACGAGGAAAACACUGCAUGGGGAAAAGAGAUGGGUAGCAAAUAUGGGUGUCUAGUGGAGGAUGUGAUAACAGGGUUGUCAAUACAAUUGCAAGGAUGGAAAUCAGUGUAUUACAACCCACCAAGGAAGGCUUUUUAUGGUCUAGCUCCAACCACCUUGCUUCAAACACUUGUUCAGCAGAAGAGGUGGGCUGAAGGGGAGUUACAAAUUUUUUUUUCCAAGUACAGUCCUGCAUUGUACGGUCAUGGAAGGAUCAGUUUAGGCCUCCAAAUGGGAUAUUGCUACUAUAACUUUUGGGCAAUCACCUGUUUGCCAAAACUAUAUUACUCAAUCAUCCCUUCACUUUAUCUCCUGAAAGGCAUUCCCUUGUUUCCAGAGAUGUCUAGCCCAUGGUUCAUCCCUUUCGCAUAUGUCAUACUCGGGGGAAGUGCUUUUAGUUUGAUUGAGUUUUUGUUCAUCGGAGGCACAAUCCAGGGUUGGUGGAAUGACCUAAGGAUGUGGCUCUACAAGGGAACAAGCUCUUACUUAUUUGCUUUCAUGGACAAUGUCUUAAAGUUCUUUGGGCGUUCAGAUUCACCCUUUACAGUCACAGCUAAGAUCGCAGAAGAAGACGCUUCCCAAGGUUACGAGAAAGAAGUUAUGGAGUUUGGAGUCUCUUCUCCAUAUUUCACUGUAUUAGCAACACUGGCAUUGCUCAAUCUGUUUUGUUUACUUGGCGUUUUAAAGGAGUUAGUCCUUAACGAAGGAGGCCUUAGAGCUGGUCAAAAAAUGAUGAUGCAAGUUCUAUUGUGUGGAUUCCUGGUUCUCAUCAAUCUUCCUAUAUACCAAGGCCUUUUCUUGAGGAAGGACAAGGGCAGAUUGCCAACCUCUCUUGCUAUUAAAUCCACAGCAUUGGCUCUAGGUGCAUGCAUCUUCUUCAAAAAAUUGAACUGACAAAAUUAAACGUAUUCUCUGUUAAUACUUAUAAGUCACUUUGAGUUUGUCUGGUGAAACCACUUUAGGGACUAUUUUUCCAAUGACUGCUUUUAUUGAACUUUCGCUGUAAUACUGAAUUUUUUUAUACGUUAAGGAAGGUGUAGUGUUUCUCAAUACUAUACCACUGCACACAUAUUAUUGAUCAUUUGAC